AUGUUUAAAGACUUAGGAUAUCAAUUGCUAAUUAAAUGGAAACUCUGGAAAGUAUUGGUAGUGAUAUUUCCAUUUACAUUUAUUUAUGGAAUAUAUCUGCUCUUUGUGAUAUCUUCGAAUUCAGAUCGUAAUUCAUUUGAUGGAAGUCAAUUAAUUCAUGCUGAGGUCAAUAAUUAAUUGGCUUAAACUUUAAGUUUAGCUGCUGAGUCAUACAUGAAAGAAUUCGGAAAGACAAAUGACAUCCAUUAAUUAUUGAUGGAAAAACUUAGUAAUCUUGGUUUGGAAACAUUUUCUUAGGAGAAGUACAAAAAUGUGAUAGGGAAAUUGAAAGCACCAAGAAGUCCUGAUUAUGAAUGCAGUUUGAUAUCAUUUGAAUAUAACGACGAAUCUCCCAAUAUUAAAAUUAGGAGUAUUGCAUAUGUGUUGGCACUCAUUAAACUAUAUUAAUCAGAUUAAAUCAAUUAUUUAUCAAGAGACAUAAUAUUUGUGGGCUAUCAUACAAAUUAUAAGAGAUACGGUCAAGGAAUCACAGCAUUUUUAGAAGAAUAUGUAAAUCCCUAGAGAGUAUCAUUUAUGCCAAGAUCAGGAACUAUCAGAUCUUCUAUUAAUAUCAAUCUAGAUGAUAAAUUUGAUUCUGUUGCAUUAAAGGUGUUUGGAUUGAAUGGCAAAGUCUCAGACAGAGAUUAUUACAAUAGUAUUAACAUGCUUAUGGAGAAACAAAGCUUUUAGUAUCAAUUUACAGAAACGAAUUACAAUUGGAUGCUUCAACUAGAAAAGUACUUAGAAAAGGAAUUAAGAACAUAUUGGAAAUUAUUUCAAUUAGAUUCCAUUUAUUAACUACCCCAAAAAAGAUUUUUACAUAUGGACCCUUAUUUUUCAAAUUAAAUUGAGAUGUUCCAAGGAGAUUUACAUGAGGCACACUCAUAUAUUAUGAAAUACGGAAUUUAUUCAUUAACAUUGAGAGGGUACAAUACUUAAAAUAAAGAUGAUUCAGUUUUAUUGACUAAUAAGUUGUUGUUGGUAGGAGAAGCAAGUAUCAAGGCUUUGAUGGCUAAUGAUGAAUUCAUCCAUUCUGGUUCAACUCUUUAUCUACCUCUAAACAGAAGUUUCACAUUGACAAUUCAGAAUUAUUGUUUACCUUAUGUCUUUGUGAUAUUGAGUUGUGCCAUCUUUGCCAUCAAGUCUGUUUAUAGCAGGUGGCAUUUUAAUCUAUUUAAUGAUAAUAAAGAAGAAUUGGGUAGAAGCAAUUCAAUGGUUGCUCAUAAAGCAAUCAUUGAAAUCUUUAUGGGGUUCACUUUAUGUUUCAUUCCAAAUAUGAUAAGUUAUUUUAAUAAUAAAUAAUAUGAGUAUUUCGAUUAAUAUUUUGUAAUCAUGCUUGUGAUUAUAGUAACUUACUUGAUACUCAUAUAUUCUUCUAGGAAAUAAAUUUUUGGAUAAUUUUCAUUGCCUCGUAGAGAAAGUGUUGCAGAAUGGUUAUGGGUUGAAUUAGUGAUCUAAGUGUGCUUUGUUAUGAUGUAUGCAGGAAUAGUUCACAUUCCAAUAGCUACUUUUAUUGCCAUCUUCUUAGGACCUUGGUUUUUCUUUAUUUAACCAUUGAGAUUUAAACCUAAUUUCAAGUUGUGGGAUAUAUUCACAUAUGUGAUUAAUUUACUGUUCUUAUAUGGAUAUUUCUAGAUAUUAUCAUACUUUGGAUUUGAUUCGAUGCUGGCAUUUUAUAAGCAGGUGGUCAUCAAUUAUAAUAAUGUUGGAGUGCAUUUGUUUUAUUACUUAAAUGGGGCCUUGAUUCCAUCUUUAUUAAGAUUUGCUGAGUUGUUGUUAUUUUGA